AUGGAGGAGGACAAGAUGGGAUGCAGGGAUGACGGGCCAACAAGCCCGGGGGAGUGGCUCUCAAGGGCGGAGGCAAAGGAUCACCAUUUGGAGUUGGCCAAUACCAUAAAGUCGUUUCACUACCGUCUGCAGCAGCGGAUGUCAACCGAAACGUCUGCCUUUUUGUCACCGAAGGAAGGGCAGAAGGAGGAAGAAAAAAACGAAGAGGCAAUUUGGUCUCGUCUUAUAGCUGAGGAAGGGGAAAAUAUGAAGGCGUAUGCGACGGCAAUGCAUGCGAUCGCCACCCGUUAUUGGGAUCCGGAUCAAGAGGGGAGUGAGGAGAAUGUAUCUGGGUUUCGUUCUCAUGUCACCUCCACCGCAGGCGGGGUAACACGGACCCGCUCGAGAUGUCAACAUGAAAAUGGCGGAGAGGAGGGUGGCAAUCAACAUGGAAGGUCCACCAGUGGGCCAUCGCGCCACAACGACCGCGUGGCGUACUCAUUGCACUGCGUGGCGGAUUAUUACCUCGGCAGCUGCCUGCCGCUUGUCAACACCGAGCAGCAGUUAAAGCAUCAUCAUCAUGAUGGAACGCAUGAUGUAAGCUCUUUUGAUAAAAGCCAUCCCGGCCAUUCUUCGAUAGUUGAAUGCACGGGGAUUUAUGAACAGAUUCCUCGGAUUGCGACUAACACCAUAAAGAUAUGGCGGCGUGCUUUUUAUGCAGCCCACGGCCGCCAGGCAACUGCAACUGAAGUUGAGAAUGCAACAUAUGAUGCACUUUGCUUACAUGGUUGUGGGGGGGAAAAAAGUCAAGAAAGACGCGGGAAUUUGCCGUUGGAGCCUUUGCUUUAUAAGACUUUGCUAUCAACGUGUGGCCAGGGGAAAUUAACGAGCUCGGCUGCAUCAUUGGCAGGUACCUACAUGUCUGCGACACGCAAUGAGGUAAGGCGCCGUCGCUUCACUAAUGGUGGAGACACGCCGCCAGAAACUUUUCUGCCACUGCAGGUGCUUGAUGUAGGCUCAUGCUACGGCCCUUUUAAGGGAAAAACGAUCACAAACGGGGUGCUGCAAGUAAGACUGGCAGUGACGGCAAUAGAUCUGUGUCCCUUCGAGGGUAGCAAUGUCCUUCAAGGGGACUGGCUUGCUGUUCGUUUCUAUGAUUUAGGGGAGAGACAGAAGGAAGAAUACUCGGAAGGGGUGGGAACGGAAUCUCUUGUCCGAACUGGCGACGACGCAGAUGUCGUGACGAAAACGCCUAAAAGUACUCUUUGGGUGGCUCGUGGCCAAUUUGAUGCCGUGUUUUUCUGCCUGAUGCUCUCUUUUCUUCCUCAUCCCCGUCUGCGGUACCGUGCCUGUCUUCAUGCCCACUUGGCGCUCAAGGAUGGAGGACUACUUGUCAUUGUGAGUACCCGCACGCAAUGCACACGCCGUGGCUCUUGGGUAGACGACUGGGUCACGUGCAUUGAGGGAAUAGGGUUCAAGCGUGUGCACAAGCACAUCAUGGGGCAGGUCGUGGGGCUGAGUUUCAGCAAGGAGGCGGGGCCAGAAAUUGAGGGCGACACUGCGGAGUGGCUUGGAAGCAUGAUGGCCCGCCCUGAAGCGGAGUGCGGCCUGCGCAUACUCGGCGACGAUUGCUGCUAA